AUGGAACGUUUGGGAUCGAGCUUUUGGUGGACGCAGCCAGGCCUCAUUCGGACAUGCAUCUCAUCUCAAUCUACUUACAAUCCACCCUGGGCAAUCACCCAUCUACUCUUUAGUAUCGAUCCUAUAUUAACAUGCCCCUCCUCGACAGAAAUCCAACAUGCGCUCAUCUCAUGUACUCCUCAUUCUAUCUUCCUCUGCCUUCAUCAAGAAAACAUAACAAGUCACUAUGGCCGGUACCACGUCUACCAAAUCUACUGCUGCCAGGGGCAAAAAGUCAAACCCUUUGGUGCAACCAUCAACGUCUUCCGACAGGUAUGA